CCAACUUUCCCGCUUCUCCUCCGUACGCCUCAACACGCCCGUUUCCUCUCCAAUACGACCUUUCCCGCCAUUCUCCGGGGUUGUAACUACCACUCGUGACUAUGGCUAUGGACACCGAUACGAUUCCGAACCUCCUCGGUGACCAACGAGACCAGGCACCGGACGAGCUGCAGCACUUCUUCAUUUCUUUCGAGGACUACUGGGAGCGGAGACUAUGGCACGAGCUAACGGACUCUUUGAUUGAUUACUUCGACGAGCCGGAAAGUGCCAGGCAGCGGAUACCACUGUUCGAAACAUUCAUCAAGAGCUUCGCCAACAAGAUCAAUCAACUUAAGCUUGUGGAGCUGGGUCUGACCACUGCUGCCCAGUAUAAAGAUGAGAAGGAACGCCUCACAUUCUUGUCCACCCUCGCGACCAGCGUCAACAAGCCAGCCUCACAGGACGCCUACGUCUAUGCCACAGUUGCCGUAGCCAGCAUGCAGCUGCGGUUAGGAGACUAUGAUGGAGCGCGGAAGAAGCUAGAUGAGUGCGAGCAGAUACUAGACGGCUUCGACUCGGUGGAGACCGUCGUUCACGCAUCCUUCUACCGGGUCAAUGCCGAAUAUUACAAGGCCAAGCACGAAUUCGCCUCCUACUACAAAAACGCCCUGCUCUUCCUCGCCUGCAUAGACCUCGAAGACCUCGACCUCCGAGAGCGUCAAGCCCGCGCCUACGACCUCAGCAUCGCCGCGCUAGUCUCUGACUCCAUCUACAACUUCGGCGAGCUCCUGCUCCACCCCAUCCUCGACUCCCUUGUCAACACCGCACACGCCUGGCUCCGCGACCUCCUCUUCGCCUUCAACCGUGGCGACCUGAUCGCAUACGAUGUCCUCGCUGGCAACAUCUCCAAAGUGCCUCUCCUCAAAGAACACCAAACUUUCCUCUAUCAGAAGAUUUCCCUCUCUGCACUGACGGAAACCGUCUUCCGCCGCCCACCACACGACCGCGCGAUGACGUUCGCCACUAUUUCAGAGGAGACCAAGGUCCAACCAAACGAGAUUGAGCAUUUGAUCAUGAAAGCAUUGAGUUUGGGGUUGUUGAGGGGCACGAUUGAUCAAGUGUCGGAGAUUGCGAGGAUCAAUUGGGUGCAGCCUAAAGUGUUGGAUAUGAAGCAGAUUGAGAGUAUGAGGGCGAGACUGAGGGAUUGGGAUUCUAGUGUCAACCAGCUAGGGAACUGGAUUGAGGGUGUAGGUAAGGAUGUCUGGGCUGCAUAGACCAUGCAGGGGGAGUCUCAGUCCAUGGGAUUCGAGGGCUUGGUCAGAGAGAUGUAAUCAUAGCUUUGGCAUGACAUGUUACUCAUCUGAGCUAACCAGCCAAACACGAACGAAUCAACACAAUAGAAC